CUGGUUCAGUCCAACUGAGUCCUCCGAGCAAUGCACUUCUUAACUCUUACCCUGCUGAUUGCAGCAUCCCUGUUCGAGCUGUCGAGCCAGCAUCCGCUUCCAGACUGGAGCAACGCCAUCCAGCUGUGCUACAAACUGCUCCGGAUCAGCGCCGAAGCUCGCGAGCGAUUCGAGCGGAGCUAUGCGGACGAUGACCCGAACACUCACUGCAUAGUCCGAUGCGGGGCGAUUCUGCGCGGGAUAUACGACGACGGGGCGGGAGUUCGGUUGGAGCAGGGCACCGCCCAACGGGGAAGUGACGCUUUCGAGGCGUUGCGGAGUGCGUAUGAACAGUGUGCUGCAGCGAUCAGGCCGGAGGAUUACGGCAGUGACCAUUGCAAGAAGGGCUUUCUGCACGUCAAGUGUUAUCUGCUGUUUUCGGGGUAGAUCGACGGGGGUGACGGAAGUGAGUGCGGAAUGGUGCGGGAGGGGCUUAACGUAGGUUGGGUCAGAUAUUUCCUUAGCUUUGUUGGAUCUGGUUGAAUCUUGAAGGUCAGAAUGAAAAUGAAGAAUAAAUUAUUGGCUAG